UGUAGGUCUGAAUCUUUAUCAGUAGAUGGAGCCACAUACACCAUGAUUAUAUUCCAACAAGAAUGUAGCAGUAAGCAAAAAAAGAAAAACCAUCAUUUGAAAAGGCUUGUGAGUAAAACCUGCCUCCUAAGAACAUGAUCACAGUCACCUCGUGUGUGAACCACAGCAGUCUUCCUGAAUUUACAGUGGAAUAUAUCACACAUGUUCACAAUGCUCAGGAUCUGUUUUUGCUUAAGUGUUGUCGUCCACUUCGCAGUGUCUCAGGAGGCAGAGGAGCCAAUCACAUACACGUGCACUGAAGGUUAUGAAUUUGAUAUUGAAAAGCAAAGCUGCAAAGAUAUAGAUGAGUGCAAGACCGUUCAGGAAGCUUGCAAAGGGGGGAUGAAAUGCAUCAAUCAUUUUGGAGGAUACCUCUGCCUGCCCCACAAUGCUCAGAUAAUUGUGAGUAAUGGUGAGGCUGAGCCCACUACGGCCCCACCCGUGGACACGGGUGCCAGAAGAGGAGUUCAGCCUGCUGUACCCGCCAUCUCCUCUGGCACUUAUUCGAGAGUCAUUCCAGGUUCAUCUUAUACACUCCAAUGUAGUGCGGGUUUCAUACUGGACGCUCAGAACUUCUGCAGAGAUGUGAAUGAAUGCGCCACCACAAACCCCUGCCAGCAUCAAUGCUACAAUCUGAUUGGCUCGUACAUCUGCCAGUGUGAAGUUGGGUACGAACUGGCUUCAGACUCGGUCUCCUGUCAAGACAUUGAUGAGUGUGACUUCUCGAACUACAUGUGCCAGUUCCAAUGUGUAAAUCAGCCUGGAGCAUACCAAUGUGUUUGUCCUGAGGGAUACCAACUCCAAGGGACACGAAUGUGCCAAGAUAUAAACGAAUGUGAAACGGGGCACAACUGCAGAGAGGAAGACAUGUGUUGGAAUUACUACGGAGGAUUCCGUUGCUAUCCCAGAAACCCCUGCCGGGAGCCAUACGUGAAAAGUGGUGAAGGUCGAUGUAGAUGCCAGUCACCCAGUGUGUGCCGGGGACUCCCACCAGUUAUCGUCUACAAGUACAUGAGCAUCUUUUCCGAACGCCAGGUCCCUGCGGAUAUCUUCCAGAUUCAAGCUACUAGUGUCUAUCCCAACAUGGUCAACACUUUCACAAUCAAAUCCGGCAAUGAGGGAGGAGAAUUCUACCUAAGGCGGUCCAGCAACGUAAGCGCCAUGCUGGUGAUGACCAAGCCUUUGACGGGACCCAGAGAACACGUCGUGGAUUUGGAGAUGGUGACCCAGAGUAACGUCUUGAGCUAUCGCUCCAGCUCGCUCCUGAGACUCACCAUUAUUGUGGGUCCAUACCCUUUUUAAAUCCUCCAGAUAGACCCAAUCAUCACCUUGGAUUUAUUUUUUGUACUACAGCUUUCUAUAUUCAACGUUCAGCACAUGGGCAUCUGAUUGUGGUCUAGAUCAGUGGUUGUCAACUGGUAGCUCACAAAAAAUGUCUAUUUUUGUAUAAAGAACAGCGUAAAUGAUAAAGUUAAAAUAACCAUUUAAUUUUGUAGUAAGAACAUGCACUUUUUCAACAUAAGAUAAAUGAAAACCAAAUAUUCACCUGGUACGUGGAAAUCACAAAAAUUAAUAAUAAAUUAUUGGCUGACAUCAUGAACAUUCACAAACCAAUAAAGAGGACAAAUCAAAAUUCUGGGCCCUGAAGUAAAACUUAUUGAAAACCACUGUUCUAGAUAGUUUAAAAAUAUGCAUAUUUAAAUCUAAAAAGUGGGCUGGUUUUUCACUAACAUUUUCUUUGUACGAUUGAAAAUGGAAGAGAAAGGUAUGAUAGAGUGACAUGAAGGCCAAAAGAAAAACAUCAGUGCUGACUUUAUACAAGCGGAUAUCCGAAGGACAAACAGUUUUACUCUGAAGAGCACUUAGGUUAUCUUUGACCUGGUAGUUAGAUCUUCAUAAGAUCCUGGUUGCAUAAUUAUCUUUACGCCAUUUCAAACUUGUUGACCUUCCUUUUAACAUGGAAAUCUCUUUAUAAAAGUACACUAUACAACCUGUGUGCUAUAUUUCAAGUCUUCUGAAGCCAGACAACAGCUUUGCAAAACAUUAAAGUCGUUAUUACAAUGUCAGAAAAAAAAUUAUACUAGUAACUCAACGGUACAUAUUGGUAUUAAAUGUAUAUAUCUUUACAUAUUAGGACAUUUAUUAUAGGGUACCAUCCCAGUGACAGCUUGGGAGCAUUUUUUCUUGACAGUGUAGAUUAUAUUUUUUGUAUUUUUGUAACAUACGUAACAAACCAUGCAAAUAUGAUUUUAAUAGACUUAUGCAUGAUAAUGGUAACAAUUAUGAUGCUUUUUGUCAUCAGUCCUUAUUCAGUUUAAUUGUAAAUGUGAUUUUCUGCCUAAAAUCAAUUUUAGUUUUCCACAAAAGAAUUAAAGUCAUACAGGUUUGGAUCGGCCUGCAUUUUCAUGUUUAGAUAAACUGUUCCUUUAUUCUGUUAUGCAUGCAACAGAACAUAGAUCAAAAACGUUAUCAAAUGGAUCCAUGCUUUCAUCACUCGGACUCACUUUACUUUUUGGCAGGGAGAAAACUGUUUUAUAGGUGGAACAUGUGGUUAAAGCAAAAGUCUUAGGUGGAACAGUGCGUGUUGUAAUCUAAUGGCAUCCUUAGCUAAUGGAAAUAUCUGAAUGCGACCUCCGCCUAGCAAAUGCUGCAGAAAUGACCUCCCAUCCUAUGAGAAUAAGGCAAUAAUGUUUUGGAAACAGAAGUGAUGUUUUUAGGAAAUUGCUGGCGAGGGUUUCGGGUCACAUAAGCAAUGGAACUGUUGCCUAACAUAUCUGUAAGGUUGCCAGAGCACCGUUUGAUCUUGUGCAGUGUUUCUUAUUGAUGGUCCAUGACAAAAACUGUUGCGUCACACCAAAUGCCCCAAGAGAUGUGACCGUGGGUGAGGCUGAAAUGGUUUACCACGUUGUAUGAAAUUUUAUUUUGGCAAGCAGCCUCGGUUGCAUCAAGAUCUGAUCUGAAGUAAUGCAAUGCGAUGGAUGCUUGCCAAUCAAAUAUAUAUAUAUAUAUAUAUAUAUAUAUAUAUAUAUAUGUGUUAUAUAUAAUAUCUAUUUUCUAAUGAUUCACUGAAUUUGAUGGUGAAUGCUCCUUCUUAUUUCUCUAAAUGAGAUUGCUUAUAUAAUCUGGUCUCUACUUUAGUAUAAUAAAAAGAGGUUUUUAUUUUCUAGCUGAAUGUCGAUUGGAUUUGCACCUGUCUAUUAGAAAUAAUCUGUAUUUUCAGUUUAUUCUCAAAUUGCACUUUUUUAAUCAUAUGUAGCCUUUAUCCCAUUUAUCCUGCUGUAAUGUUUUUUUUUUUUUAAUAAAAGAAUUCAAUAACAAA